GAGCAAGAAGCUAGGCCUAGCCUAGGGACUAUCGCAAAAGUUAAAAAUUGUGAUCGAGUUUCUAUUUUGACCACACUGACCCGGAUCUACAACCAACCCUUUCCUUUUCCGGUUUCUUGCUAAUCAUGCCUCCACCAAAAUCCAAGAAAGGCAAAAAGAAGGUGGCUUCUGCCCCUUUGGUUGCCAAAAAGAUUGAGCCUAAGAAAAUAGUAAAUCCUCUUUUUGAGAAAAGACCCAAGAAUUUUGGCAUUGGUCAGGACAUUCAACCCAAGAGAGAUCUAAGUCGCUUUGUCAGAUGGCCCAAGUACAUUCGCCUGCAGAGACAGAGAGCUAUUCUCUACCAGCGUCUCAAGGUUCCACCUCCAAUCAACCAGUUUACCCAAGCUCUUGACAGACAGACUGCAAUUCAGCUGUUCCGUUUGAUGGACAAAUACAGACCUGAAGUUAGAAAACAGAAGGAAGCUCGUCUUCAGGGCCGUGCUGAAGAUCGUGUUGCAGGCAAAGCUGAUACACCAACUAAGCGCCCACCAGUUGUUAGAUCAGGAAUCAACACAGUUACAGCCCUGAUUGAAUCUAAAAAGGCACAGUUGGUUGUCAUUGCCCAUGAUGUCGAUCCUAUUGAGAUUGUACUCUUCCUUCCUGCACUAUGCCGUAAAAUGGGAGUCCCAUAUUGUAUUGUCAAAGGCAAGGCACGUUUGGGGCAGGUUGUUCACAGAAAGACAGCCACUUGCUUGGCUUUUACCCAAGUUCAUCCUGAGGAUAGACCAAGUCUGAACAAGCUUAUUGAGGCUGUUAAAACUAACUUCAAUGACAGGUUUGAUGAGCUCCGAAGACACUGGGGUGGUGGUGUCAUGGGCUCAAAGUCUCAAGCACGUGUUGCCAAGCUGGAGAAAGCCAAGGCUAAAGAAAUUGCACAGCGAGUUGGUUAGAUUGAAACAUUUCAAGCUUAAUAAAGUGUAUAAUUUAU